GUAUGAAAUGACAAUGGAAUCAGUUUGGCACAUAAACAUAAGGAACAUUUUCAUCAUAUGGAGCAUCCUCGGCUUCACGUGUCAAUGUAUUCACUACUCCCCAACAUGGGAGUCCUUGGACAGUAGGCCUAUACCGACCUGGUAUGACGAGGCAAAGUUUGGUAUUUUCAUCAAUUGGGGUGUCUAUUCAGUACCUAGUUUUGGGUCGGAAUGGUUCUGGUGGAAUUGGAAGGGGAGACAUGCCCAAGCUUACGUUGACUUCAUGAAAGCUAACUACCCUCCUGGGUUUGAAUACGCCGACUUUGCUCCAAUGUUCACAGCGGAGUUCUAUGAUCCAGAGUUAUGGGCUGAUAUGUUCAAUGAAUCAGGAGCAAGGUACAUCGUUCUCAGCAGCAAGCACCACGAGGGAUUCACACACUGGCCCUCCAACGUUUCCUUCAACUGGAAUUCUCUGGAUGUUGGACCUCAUAGGGACCUUAUAGGUGAUCUUGCAAGUGCCAUCCGUAGUCGCACCAACACCCACUUUGGUCUCUACCACUCUCUAUUUGAAUGGUUUCAUCCUCUCUACCUUCAGG